AUGAACGAAAAAGAAAAAGAAAAGCUGCUAGGACUUGCCAAAGCAGCCGAAUCUUCCUGUCGAGUUUCUCCUGUGAGUUCUGACAGUGAUUUACCGCAGUACAGCGAGCUCCCAUACUCACAUCUGGAUAAUUUGGAAAAAGGUUGCUUAUGUUUACAUCCAAAUCUCGUUCCUGAAAACAAGAGCGACGAAUUGUCAAACGACGCUUCUGCUGCAAAAUGUUUAGACUACUAUGGUGCGUUUUUUGGUAGUGUUAAGAGCGGAUUCUUGUAUAUUUCUAGCCCAGCGGCAUUUGCGAGAAUUCCACCUGCUGCAAAAAGAACGACAAAUGAAGGACUUCGAGUUUUUUGGUGUUAUUUAUUCUCACUGAUACUUGAUUUUUCAUUUUCAUAUUACGUUCUCUUUCCUUUUUUAAAGAAUAAUAUGUUGAAAGAUACUUCCAUAAAGGUUCAGUAUAGUGUGGCAGCUAUUCUUAUCGUCUUGGCCUUUUGGUUCUCUCUAAACUUGGUUUCAGUUUUAUUGGAUUCGUUAUUUUUUCUGUUGGGUUGGGUUGCCUAUGUUAUAGGCUACGAAAUGACAUUUGAAGGAACCGAGUCGACGGGAGAAAAUCAACUUCCAAUUCAUGCAAUACCUCUUGAGAAUCUAGAGGAGCUAAAUAAUCCUAAUAGUCUUAGAGAUGAGGAACCAUCUUCUGAACGUUUCGAACAGUUUGUAAGACGACAACAUCACCAAUCUAGGGAUACGGAAAGCGGUAAAAAUCUGCAAAGCAGCAGCUAAUUCUUUCUCCCCUUAAUUUUUUAUACAUUUUGUAGAUUUACACUUUCCGGGUUCUCUGCUCUAAGGAAAGGUUUCUUGUUUCUCCCUUUCUCUUCUCUGCUUGCAUAUUAGGUUUUCUUGUCUUUUUCAAAAGUGUUGCUUAUGUUUUGUUCUCUUUCUUUCUGCAUAUUUGGCCAUGAAGUGCACUGACGUUUUACCAUCGUACAUACUGUGUUAGUCUUGCUCUCUUUCCGUUGAACUUGCCAUUUUUUUAUUCGCAUUUGCAGUUGCAUUUGAAUCUGUGUAACAUUAUUAAUUUUCGUGUUAGGUUAUAUGUUUAGCUUUCUUUUUAUUCUAAUUGGCUAAUGAAGUAUUGAUGAACGUUC